AGUUAACAUCUUCCUACAUUAAAAAUUAAUCAAAGUUUUAAAAAAUAAUGUAGCAGCUUAUACAAACAAGGAUUUUGUGAACCUACGAGGAAGCUCACUUUCCAAGGAACAUGUAAAUCCACGUUUCACCUGAAAAGCUAGACAUUCACAUUUAAUUUAAUUUCGACAUCUAUAAAUACCUUUCUAUGGCAUAGACAAAAUUUCACACUAGUAAUACUAACCAAGUACCAACAUUGACAUAUAUAUAUAUAUAUAUAUAUAUAUAUAUAUAUAUUUCAAAUAAACUAUAUAGUAUAUAAAUUGCAUGAACAUGUCUUCUAGUGGUGCUGCUAGUUCUGCAUACAGAGGAGUUCGCAAGAGAAAAUGGGGAAAAUGGGUUUCUGAAAUCCGUGAGCCAGGUACAAAGACAAGAAUUUGGUUAGGAAGCUUCGAGACACCGGAGAUGGCCGCGGCCGCUUACGACGUUGCCGCGCUACAUUUCAGGGGACGUGAAGCAAGACUCAAUUUCCCCGAACUCGCAUCGUCACUUCCCCGUCCUUUAAGCAACAAUGCCGACCAUAUACGAAUGGCCGCACACGAAGCUGCCUUGAGGUUGAGAACCAAUACACUGAUGCCACCAGAGAACAACAGUGGAACAGACUCAGUAACUGACUGUUCCACUGAUGUGGUGGCACCUCUCACUGUGAGACUCUCGUCUACUCAAAUUCAAGCUAUUAAUGAUUCGCCUAUGGAUUCACCUCCUACAUGGAUGCAAAUGUCACACCCUUUUAUGAUGGAUGAUCAAACCAUGUAUUUUGGUAAUGGGUAUGAAUUUGAAGAGAACGAGUGGGAGAAUAUGCAACACAGUGAUUCUCUUUGGGAUCCUUAGCUGGCUGGGUAACGUAACGUAACGUAUAAUUAAUUAAUUAAUUAACAUAUGCUGAUCAUAUCAUAUACUAGUAAUAAAUACGUAUACAUCAUAUAUUUUGGUAUUUUAGUAUAUGAAUUUUAAUUGGAUUUAUACAUUUACGUAUUUUCAUGUAUAAUGUGACAAUUAACUAAUUAAUGUGGUGAGGAUUGAUUGAUAUAAUUAGACGGGUGGGAUAGUGACGCAAACUCCACUUGAUUUUUGUCUUGUUUUUUGAAAAUUAAUAGCAAGGGAACGAAUGAAGGAGUCAUGGUUUUCCUUGGUUUUAUUAAUUUCUUACUUUCAGGAUGAAACAAACAAGUAAAGGACGGUGAGUUUGUGAUUAUAAUUCACAUAAUCAGAAGUGGUAUACAGCAUAUUGCAUUAAUUUGUUAUAUAGGGAGGGGUUACCAUUUAUGUUGUUAGAUAAGGGUGUAUUUUUGGAGGGGCCCAUUAAUGUAAUGUAAUGUAAUUGUUAUCAAGUAUAGUUGUAUGAGUUUUAGAGUGAUAUUUAUAGUGGGUGAUACUGGUUUUUAUUUGUAUACCAAAAUGGGGCACAAAUUGUGUUUUUUAUAGGCUGUGGAAAGGGAAGAGUGUGGUGUGAUUUAUUUUAUUAAUAUUUAAAUGAUUAUUAUUAUUAUUAUUAUUAUUAAACAAAUUAAGCUGAUGUAUUAGAAGUCCACUUGUCAAGCGGAUGAAGCUCUUGUAUGAUGCCUUUCCCGUGAGAUGAUUUCUCGUUUUAUUA